AAAUAGCUGCGACAAUUAAAAACUGUGUUUGUCGAGUGGGAGAGGAUAUGGAGGCGUGUCUCGGACACUUUAAACAUAAAUGGUCAUUUAAAUCCGCCACCACUUAUCGUACUUUUAGUUAUCUUCAUUUGCACAACUGGGCAUGUGUUUUUUUUUUUAUUUAAUUUUAUUUUAUUUUAUUAUCCUACUUUAAAAACAACAACAACAACAACAAAAACAGUGCUGCCUGGUGCUGACAAAAUGUGGACCAUUGUUCUAAGAAUUCAGCAGUUUGGGGAUUCUGGUAACUCAAAGAGCUGACACGUUGUGCCUGUACAUCUUCUAUUGGGCAAUGGAGGGACACCCAGGGAACUGGCCUGCCCUGAACAGCAAGUCUGUGCGGGACAAUGGAGCCUUGCUGGGGACUGACAGCAGCAGCAGAACAACUGGGCAUGUGCAAGAACUGUUUCAUGAGGAUGCACAAGUAUCGCAGGCACAGGGUCAGCCCUGGUGGAAGGUGCAGCUGUUUGUUUGGGAACCUGUGCUGUUCGGGACCUGGGAUGGGGUCUUCACCACCUGCAUGAUCAAUAUUUUUGGAGUCGUUCUGUUCUUGAGAACUGGGUGGCUUGUGGGAAACACUGGUGUUUUGCUUGGCAUGCUCCUGGUGUCCCUGGUGGUGGUGGUUGCCUUGGUAACCGUGUUUUCCGGACUAGGAGUGUGUGAGCGCUGUCAAGUUGGAAGUGGUGGAGUGUAUUCCAUGAUUUCGACGGUCCUUGGAGGGAGAGUAGGAGGGACAGUCGGUCUCCUCUACGUCUUUGGACAGUGUGUUGCAGGUGCCAUGUACAUCACUGGCUUUGCAGAGUCCAUUGCAGAGGUGCUGAACCUCAGCAAUAUCUGGGCCGUCCGGGGGAUAUCCAUGGGAGUGCUGCUGGGGCUGCUGGGAAUUAACCUCGCCGGGGUCAAAUGGAUUGUCAGACUCCAGCUGCUCCUGCUGGCCGUGCUCGCUGUCUCUGCCCUGGACUUCGUCGUGGGAACAUUCUCUCACUUAGACCCAGUGCAUGGCUUUGUUGGGUAUUCAGAGGAGCUGCUCAGUAACAACACCCUACCUGACUACACGCCUGGAGAGUCCUUCUUCUCUGUGUUUGGGGUGUUCUUCCCUGCAGCCACAGGUGUGAUGGCCGGGUUCAACAUGAGUGGAGACCUCCAGAAGCCGGCGAUCAACAUCCCAGUGGGGUCCUUGGCUGCCAUCGGUAUCUCGUGGUUCCUGUACUUGGUCUUUGUGUUCCUGCUGGGAGCCAUUUGUACGAGGGAGGCGCUGCGAUAUGACUUCUUGAUAGCAGAGAAGGUUUCCUUGGUGGGGUUCCUGUUUUUACUUGGGCUGUACAUUUCCUCCCUGGCGUCCUGUAUGGGUGGUCUGUAUGGGGCUCCCAGAAUCCUUCAAUGCAUCGCACAGGAAAAAGUGAUACCCAUCCUCGGUGUCUUAGGACAAGGGAGAGGACCAAAUAAGACUCCAGUUGCUGCCAUUUGCUUAACAAGCCUCAUCACUAUGGCGUUCAUCUUCAUCGGUCAGGUUAAUGUCCUGGCCUCUAUAGUCACCAUUAACUUCAUGCUGACCUACAGUACCAUAGAUUACUCCUACUUCUGUGUGUCAAUGAGCUAUGACCUCCAGAUGAAACAGAGGAGGCCGCUGCCAAAGGAAGAGUCCAGAACUCGGAAUCCCAGCAAGCCUUUGAUCUUCGGCAGGCAUUCCGACUAUGGAACAGACGGUAUGGCGAAGAACCGGAGAAACGGGACCUUGUUGGAAUUCACAAAGGACAUGGACCAGAUAUUCCAGACUGUGGACCCUGACAUGGAGAACAAGGAACGAGAAAGAGAAAAGAAAGAGAAGGAAAGCAAAUCGUGGAGAACGCGGAAGCCGGCCAAGCAAACGCUGAUGGAUAGUUUUCGGCUGGAUUUGGAGAGGUCUGCAGCCUCAGUUAAAGAAUGUGCCAAGACCUCCAACACCGAGUCAGUGAACUGCAGUGAAGCCGGUGCUACUGCCAAUAGCGCUCAGGAGGAACAAGACCUGAUGGCACAAGCCUUCGACAGUCAGGAACAACAGCUGGUGUCUGUGGUUCUGGAGUCUGACCCACGAAAUGACAAGGCGGAAUCAGCCUUUCAAAGACAGAGCUCCAGAGACAGGGAUGACUCUCAGGAAGAUUUUACUGCCGAGCAGAGUCUUCAGGGAACUGAAAUUCAAGAAAAGCCAAUAUCAUUUUACUCCAGGCUCUGCAAUCACUGGGUGUCUUUAGUUGGUGCAAUAAGCUCACUUAUGAUCAUGUUUGUAAUCCAAUGGAUCUAUGCCUUUGUGAACAUUGGGAUGGCAAUACUUCUCUACUUCUACAUUGGAAAAGUGAGCCCUGGUCUGCCUCCAGGAGUAGCUGCACACUUCAGCUUCUUUAAAUGGAUCCAAUCCUCACUUAAAAACAUAGGAAGGAGAGGGCCAUCCCCUCAAAAGCAGAUUGUCAUGACACCCUCCUUUGCAACAGUUGGCAUGGAGACCACGCAGCUCACUGAGGAGAAUGCAGACUUCGCCUCAAGAGACCGCUAUCACCAUUCUUCCAUCAUCAGCGUAGAGGAAUUGAAUCACCCGCUCCAUUGAGAAAGAAGCGUCCGGCUUUGUAAGACCGUCUGACACCAGACCCGUUCCCCUUUUCUCAGGCCUGGUUUUACACCGUGAAACUAAAAAAAGGAAUGCUAACAAUACUCACUCAGUCAAACUGUUACAGAGUAAAAAAGUCAUUGUAAAAACUAAUUGUAGAAAAUAUUGACUACCCCUCUGCUCACUACAUGCUCUUUUGAAGUGCCAUCAAAUCAUUUUGUAAUGUCAAAAAGGAGUACAUUUUAACCAAAAAAUGUGAUUUUCUAUGUGAUUCUGAUUUUGUAUAAUUUAAUAGAGAUGAGAUAUUGUAUUUAAACUAUUUUGGUGGUUUUAACCCAUAUAUAUAAUAUACAUACACAGUGCCUUGCAUAAGUAUUCACCCCCUUGGACUUUUCCACAUUUUUUAGUGUUACAACCUGGAAUUAAAAUGGAUUUAAUUAGGAUUUUUUGUCACUGAUCUACACAAAAUAGACCAUAAUGUCGAAGUGGGGAAAAAAAUCUACAUAUUUUUCAAAAUGAUUUACAAAUAAAAAACUGAAAAGUCUUGAUUGCAUAAGUAUUUACCCCCUUUGCUGUGACACCCCUAAAUAAGCUCUGGUGCAACUAAUUGCCUUCAGAAGUCACAUAAUUAGUUGAAUGGAGUCCAUCUGUGUGCAAUUAAAGUGUCACAUGAUCUCCGAUUAAAUACACCUGUUUCUGGAAGGCCCCAGCGUUUGUUAGAGAGCAUGUCUAAACAAACAGCAUCAUGAAGACCAAGGAGCUAUCAAAACAAGUCUGGGAUAAAGUUCUGGAGAAUUACCAAUCAGGGUUGGGUUAUAAAAAAAAUAUCCCAAACUUUGAACAUCCCCCCGGAGCACUGUUAAAUCCAUUAUUAAAAAAUGGAAAGAAUAUGGCACAACCACGACUCUGCCUAGAGAAGGCCGUCCACCAAAACUCAGUGACCAUGUAAGGAGGGCAUUAGUCAGAGAAGCAACCAAGAGGCCAAUGGUAACUCUGAAGGAGCUGGAGAGAUCCACAGCUGAGAUGGGAGAAACCGUCCAUGGGACAACUAUAACCCGGACGCUCCACAAAGCUGGGCUUUAUGGAAGAGUGUCGAGAAGAAAUCCAUUGCUGAAAAAAACCCAUAUCAAAUCCUGUUUGGAUUUUGCCAAAAGGCAUGUGGGAGACACAGCAAACAUGUGGAAAAAGGUUCUCUGGUCUGAUGAGACCAAAAUUGAUCUUUUUGGCCUUAGCGCAAAACGCAAUGUGUGGCACCAAGCCAACACUGCUCAUCACCCUGAGAACACCAUCCCCACGGUGAAGCAUGGUGGUGGCAGCAUCAUGUUAUGGGGAUGCUUUUCAUCGGCAGGGACUGGGAAACUGGUCAGGAUUGAGGGCAAGAUGGAUGGAGCCAAAUACAGGGAAAUUCUAGAGGAAAACCUGUUUCAGUCUGCAAGAGACCUGGGACUGGGGCGGAGGUUCACCUUCCAGCAGGACAAUGACCCUAAACACACAGCCAAAGCUACACUGGAGUGGUUUAAAAACAAGAACCUGAAUGUCUUAGAAUGGCCCAGUCAAAGCCCAGACCUCAAUCCGAUUGAGAAUCUGUGGCAAGACUUGAAAAUUGCUGUUCACCAACGGUCCCCAUCAACUUGAC